UCUGUGAAUAAGACAAGUGGCGAUAUUCCCCAAGAAGAUGGACGCCAAUCCCUUCCAAUCCGACACCAACAGCUAUUUCUAAACAUGGACCUGCUGCUCCACAAGGACGUCCAACGUCGUCAUCCACGUUAAUACCACCGACGGCUGGAAAACUUAAGCAGACUUCUUUAAAUACGUUUAUAAGACCAAAAUCGGCUGCUACCACUUCUACGACAGCUACGACAGCAUCUGGACCUGCCCAUGUAUCGAAUUCCACAGUGGCGGCUGCCGGCCCAUCCAAACUCGCGCCUCUACCCUCUCCGUCCAAGAUUCCUCUUCCUGUGUCUCCGAUGAAACAUACGCCUGGGAAGGCGAAAGGACGCGCAUUCACUUCAACAAUAUCAGAUUCUAAUAUAUUCGCUGGAACAUCGCGAGGGGCGGCCCUCUCGACACUUUCACACGCGCUGGAGAAACUCGGCGUGCCACCGCCUGGCCGGCCCAGCACGAGUUUGGGUUUCACAAGGCUAGAUAGUGCAAACGAUGACGGCGGCGACGGAGUUUCGGACGUCACCCAAAAUGGAGGGAAAAACAAGGCCUCUAAUGAGGGAACGGUCAAGGGUAAAGGCAGAGCAAAUGAUGAUAUGUGCUUACCCGGUGCUACGUCAACUUCAAUGGCCGCGAGCGGAAUCAAAAGGGCUGGCUUCGCCCGCCCAACUGCAUCAUCGUUGAAGCGCUCAGUGACGCUAUCAGGACUGGCGACGAGGACUGGUGCUGGAGGGUCGUCUAUUUUUCCGGGAGUACGGAGCCGUGACGCCGGGAGUGGAGCGGGUGCUAGACAUGGGAGAAGCACGAGUGGAAUGUUUGGUAGAACUGGUGAACGUGCGAGUAAGAACCCAAGUCUACCGACUGUGGCAGGCAGCCCCGUGAAAGGGUCUAACCCGAACGGAGAGGAGUCAGGGAUACCCACGGGAGGAAAGGAAGGAGGGAGGCAAGAAGACGAUGACAAACAGGCUGACGCUGUCGAGUCGUGGGACGAACGGGGAGGUGGAGCUGGGUUAGACGAGGGAGUGCAAAUACUCGACCCCUCGAUUGAUAUGACCAAUGCGAGCCUUCAGAACUUCAGGGCUGACGGUGGACCUCCAAUAACGUCGCCAUCUUCCUCAGUAGACAAGGGCAAACAGCGUACAUCACUGGCAUCGUCGUCGCUUGCUCUAAACCCCGCGUCCGCAGCGUUGCAUGCACUCUCUGAAAGUCUCUCGUCACUGCCACAAACACCGCCAGCCACGAAACCGAGGGUAAUUGGAACUAGACGAGGACUCAGGAGUGCAAGUAUGGCAGGCAAUAAGACGAGCCCCGGAUGCGGUGGUCCCGGAAGUGUCCCCUCUAAUUCGAAUGUUGUGGAUGCAAACGAGACAAAGGAUGCUGGAUUCAGUGGCAGCAUCAUGUCUGAGAACGCCGGCGGAAUAAAUGGAUCCGGGGGUGCCAAAAAGUCUUCUCUAAAAGUCCUCAAGAAAUGUGCCAUUUUUGUGGAUGUGCGUACGGACCAGGGGGAUGACGCAGGAAGUUUGUUCGUUGACAUGCUACGUGGUUUAGGAGCGAAGAUAAUGGGAAGAGUCUGCCAGAGUUGUACGCAUAUUGUAUACAAGAAUGGAUUGCCAAAUACGUUGGCGCGAUAUCGUCUCCUUAAUGAUCCAAAACCAUUUGUGGUUGGCAUCGCAUGGGUGGUCGAGUGCGUCGAACAGCGCGCGAGGAUGGACGAGGAGAAGUAUAAAGUCGAUGUUGAUCUUAUCGACGUUGCAGGUGGAAAUACCAAGCGCCGGCGAUCCAUGCUUCCCAGGCACUUGAUACCACUUUCGCCUGCGAACGUAGACUCCUUUUCGCUUCCUGCGAAUAUGUCUUCCGAAGGGGACGAAGAGGAUGUUGAGACGGGGGAUAUGAAUGAGUCACCCUCACGGGAUGCAGACACCAGUAUAAGGUCGAAGGACGGGGAUGAUCUACCACCGCUUGAACGAGCUCGACGCAGGCGGAGUGUUUUGCCUGGCGGACAGACUAGACUCUUUGCAUAGGUAAUUUACUGGCAUGAACCCGAGAUCUAAUGAUAUACUGCUGUAGUUGUAGCGAAUCUUUCGUCUUCUGUUUUGCCUUACAGUAAACGUUCUUGAAUACGAACUUGCGUAUCUAUCGGAUUUAACCGAGAC